ACUACAACAACGUAAACAAACCAGAAAUUGUGAUUCUUCGUUCACAAACUUUACGUGCUUGAACAACAGGUCAAUGGUUUAUGUUGUCAAGGUUUGCGAAAAGAACGGGGCUCCUGUGACGAAUAUAAGUGCAAGUUCAUGUGAGGUGUUAAUAAGUUCAUAAAAUAGUAAAUAAGAAAUUCUCGACCUCAGAUUUGUGCAUUGGUGAAAGGAGGAGAAGGAGAAAAUCAAAUAAGAAAUAAACGAGUGAUAGAAGUGAUGAAUAACAAUAGAAGAAAGUAGAAAAGUUGGUAACUCUGUACAUAAAAAACUGACAUUGAAGGACCAGAGGCUAAAAUGAGCACCUUAGAAUAUCAGUUGAAAAGUGAGACCAAGGAUCCAGUAUCCCUGUCUCUCGUCAAGAAUGAAAAUGGAGGUUUAGCGGGGGGCAGUGAUGCCCCAGCCAACUAUACCUCUGUCUCUUUGGAUCCAAUGAUGGAAAUCAAGACGGAAAUGAAGGCGGAAGUGGAGGUGUCUUAUGAGUCUGAUGAUGACUUGGAGUUUCACUGUGAGGAUUUUACAUCAGCCUUCGGAGAUGAAGGCGAUUCACUGCCUAUCAAAAAGGAAGUCACUAAGAAGCCCUCUGCAAACCACGUGGAGUUCCACACGGGGAAGAGGACCUUCUCUUGUAAUGACUGUGGGAGGUCGUUCUCCAAUAAAACUCAUCUGAAGACCCACAUGGUGAUCCACACGGGGAAGAGACCCUUUGUGUGCAAAGACUGUGGGAAGUCGUUUUCUCAGAAAUCAACUCUCAUUGCACACAUGGUGAUCCACACGGGGGAGAGGCGCUUUGUGUGUAAGGACUGUGGGAAGUCGUUUUCCCAGAAAUCAACUCUCAGUGGACACAUGGCAAUCCACACGGGGGAGAGGCCCUUUGAGUGCCUGGACUGUGGGAAGUCGUUCUCCAUGAAAUCACGUCUCAGGAGACACACCGUGAUCCACAAAGGGGAGAGGCCCUUUGUGUGCAAGGACUGUGGGAAGGCGUUCUCCUAUAAAUCUAGUCUCAAGACCCACAUGGUGAUCCACACGGGGGAGAGGGCUUUCACCUGCAAUGACUGCGGGAGGUCGUUCUCCAAUAAAUCAAAUCUCAAGACCCACAUGGUGAUCCACACGGGGGAGAGGCCCUUUGUGUGCAAUGACUGUGGGAAGUCGUUUUCUGAUAAAUCAAGUCUCAGGAAACACAUGGUGAUCCACACGGGGGAGAGGGCUUUCACCUGUAAUGACUGUGGGAAUUCGUUCUCCAAUAAAUCAAAGCUCAAAAUCCACAUGGUGAUCCACACAGGGGAGAGGCCCUUUGUGUGCAAGGACUAAAUGUACUUCUUGUGAUAAAACUGCAUAUUACCAUAACAUUCAGUUAUGAUUAUUUACAAAGGGUUUUUCUUUUGUUUCAACUAUCAAAAUAUAGUCAGUUACAUGCAUUUUUAGAGAGAUUCUAACAUUUUUAGAGGGAUUCUAACAUUUUUAGAGGGAUUCUAACAUUUUUAGAGGGAUUCUAACCAUUCACUGGGAGGGGGCCCCCUGUAACACAUCCCCUACGAAUACAAGGGAUCCACUGUAUAUAGGAUUGCAGAAAACAGCCUGGCCUAAUAGCAUAGGUUAUUUGAGGUGCAGGUAUAGGGUUGUACCCUAGGCUAAGAGACGGGGCUUAGGGUAUCGCAGGCUGUCAAUUGGGGUGAAUGUUACAGCCUAAAGAGGGCUCCACUGUAUAGAGGCAGUCCCUGAUUAUCGGUGGACUCGGUUAAUAGUGAUCUGAUUUUUGGUGCCAUAAUGUGUCGAUUUCCGGUCAUUGGCACCGAUACAUACCGAGGCACCGUUAGCUGAUUAUCGGCACCACAAGUCCUAAGCUGAAAAGUCAUCGAAAAUUUGUUCGCUCUGGACAAACUCGAAAUGCUGCUGCUGCAAGUGUCAAUGCCUGAUCAAGUUAAGAAUAUAAAAACUGGCUUGUGUGGAACAAAUGAUAUUGAGGCAACAAAAGAUGAGAAAACUGAAAAUGAGGACAUUAGGAGUAACAUCCCUGCUCCUGCUGAUGUUAUUCUUGAAGAGAGUGUAGAUGACAAUGGUGGCCAAGGGCAAGAAUCUUCUUUGCUUCCACCCAAGAUGACUACUCUUCCUAACACUUCUAAAUCUUUACCAAUAUGUUAGAGAGGUUGGAGUCGAUAGCAUCCGGGAGUAGCAGUUGUGAUCUUCCAGAGGAAUCCCUCAGUGACCAUUAUGAUAUCAUCACCAUCCUCAACCAUGGGAGGAUAGGGAAUGUGUACUUGGCAGUUGACUGCUCCUCGGGCGAAGAGUUCGUCCUGAAGGCCAUUUGUCGCGACAUGUGCUGAAGGAGAGAAGUGCAAAGGGAGCAUCACUAUGCGUCUCACUUCGGCCACUCCAGCAUCGUGGUGGCCACUUCCAGACUUUUCCAGACUGAUCUCUACCUCGUUUACCCGAUGGAGAACGCCCCCUUCGGGGACCUCGGCAGCUUACUCCGCUCUAAGGCUAUCAAUGAGGUAAUCGCUGGAUUGGUUUAUAACUUGAUCAUGGAAACUAUGGCUUGAAUUGAGGCUUUCGGGCAUACUUAACCAAAUCCUUUCUUCUGACAACUCAGCCCUCUAUCCCAUCCAUCUUCCUGGGUGGCUAUCCAAGCGCCUCAGUGGCGUGGUUGGUAUGGUGUUGGUGUGUCACUUGAUGGACGCGAGUUCGAUUCUCAAGCAUUCCAUUGAGCAGUGAGACGUGUAUUUCUGGUGAUAGAAGUUCACUCUCGACGUGGUUUGGAAGUCAUGUAAAGCUGUUGGUCCCGUUGCUGAAUAACCAUUGGUUCCAUGAAACGUAAAAACACCAUACAAACAAACUAUCUCUACUUGAGCUAAUUAUAAAUUUAAACUAUUGUCUUCAUUAAAGAUCUGAAAACCAGGAGAUUGAUUUGUAUUUCUCGGUAUAAUGUUGGAUACUAAAGGAAAUAAUGUGAAACAACACUUAUCUGACCAUAGAUUUUAGCAAGCGGACCGAGUAAGCCGAAGGUCGCACCAGAUGGGUCGCAGAGCAGGUGGCCAGUGGCCUGACGUACAUGCCCAGCUUCCAGCUCGUCCACAGUAACCUGGUCGCAGAAAACAUCUUGAUCUUCAAAGCCAAUCUAUCGCUCGUCAAAAUCACCAACUUUGGGUCCACCUGCAGAGGUGGGGCGUAUGUCAGAUGCCGGACCAGCGCCGGGCCUUACAACCCGCCGGAAUUGUGCUCUGGUGAUGGCUCUGAAGGGUAUUACUCGGGCAUGUCCUUGGAUUCGUGGGCACUGGGAGUCCUCAUCAUUCAUUGCCUGACCGGGGUCCAGCCUUGGGCCACCAGCAAUGUCAGCGAUCAGGAAUACAAUGCUUUCAGGAACUGGCAGAGGGUCAAGUCGACCAGAGUCCCUAGACCUUUCAAAAGGUUCACUGUCCGUCUUCUACGACUCCUGUGGCAGCUUCUGGAACCCAGGGGCUGGUCGCGUUAUGCUGCCAAGGAGGUGUUCAAGUACCUCGAGGAUGACUGGUUGAUCAAAUCGGGGGACAGAGCUGACAGUCAGGACUUCAGCGGCGCAGCCAGUUAGUCGCAACAGCAGUCUUGGCUGCAGAGUGGUGUGACACAGCUCACUCUACGGGAUCGCCGACAGCAUUUACAGCAGCAGCAACAGCAGAGAAAAAGGUGGCAGCAGACAGAUGGAGAUGGAGAAGAAGUCCAGACUCCCCCCAAAGGGCGAGUUUCUAGUCCCAGGCGUUGUUUGGCAGUUGCUCCAAUUCACGUCACCGACAUCAUCCAUCAGACAGCGCCAGAGGAACCACGCCUGCCAGCAGCACUCUUCCUCUUCCUCCUCCUCCUCCUCCUUCUCUUUUUCAUGGCUCAAUUCCCCAUCUUCCUCAUCACCGUCGUUCAGUGCCUCUACAAGCUACUCCUCUGUAUAAGAGAUUAUCAUUAUUAAUUAAUUAUUAACAUAUCAUGUCACUUGCCUUCUACAAUAUGUCUACCUUUUGAUAAAGACAACGCUUUUUUCCUAAUCUUUCUUACGUUGCAAAUAUUAUAAAUUGGUGAAUUGA